AUGACGCUCGUCAAAGGGGAUGACCGCGAGCUUUCGAACGAUAACACGAGCCCUCGGCUGUCUUGCACGCAAGGCAGCCGGGGGCAAAGUCCCUCACAUGCAUUCCAUAUCAAUCACUCAAUGUCAGCAUACAAUGCAUUCAUGAAGCUGCAGCGUAUUCAGCAAGAGACCAGACGCCCAGUUCUUGCACCUCGCCCAUCAAGCUCGCCGAGGAGUCCCUCCUCGCCGGCGACGACCCAUUCGGCUCUGUCCUCGUCUCCCUCCUCAGGCAAGAUCCUGCACCAAGACCGCAACCGCACCGUGACAGGCCGACACGGUGACGGCAAGCCCGACUCGACAUACCAUCCCGAGAUCGAGCUCGCGCGCUGGGCCCAGCAGAACCUCGGCGCCGACGAGCGCGCCGCUUCUGUCGUCUACACCUCGGGCGAGCACUGCGCCAUGUGCAGCCUGGCCCACGCCUACUGCGGCCUCGGCAAGAUCGUCUUCGUCUCCUCGACCAACCAGUACAGGGCCUGGCUGGCCGAGUUUGGUGCCCCGACGCCCCAGGUCGCAAAUCUGGGCAUCGCUGAUGUCGCGCCGCACAUUCCCAUAGAGGGGCCGAUUGAUGGGCUUGUUGAUGAGGUGAAGGAGUUGCAGCGUCGGAAUUGGCUGGCGAGAGGCGGACAGUAG